GCGCGGGACGCGGCUCACCCUGCGCCCAUAGCGCCUGCAGUCUGCAAGCAUGCGAAGUUCAAGGGGUACCUCCAGGCCUACGUCAACACCCUGCCGCUCCAGGACAUGGCUCCUCCCGACCAGUACGCGAUGCACACGGUUGCCAUGCAGGCGGCGGCGAAGGACACGCAGAAUUUUCUCCUCCGCAACCAUGGCCGGUCCCAAGAGUCGCUGGCGAUGAUCUUCCGCCAAAUGGGCCGUGCUGUUCAUCGCAAUUGGCGUGGGCUGGCUUGCACAUUGAUGGCCAACCAUGUGUGGACGAGGGAUUUUAUCUCUGUGGUGGAGGGCCGGGUCAGCAUCGUAGACCACGCCCGCUUCCAGAUGGAGUUUGACCUGGCCCAACGACGGGCUGGCGCACACCGCCGUCGUGCCUUGGAACGUUCCGAGGCGGCCGAGACCCAGGCUGAGUUACGUAAGCGGCUGCAGGGCCAGCAACGAGCCCAUCGGCGUCGAUCUAAGCUUUGGGCCCCGUCCGGGUCUCGAAAGUACCUCAUAGGGCUGGUGAAGGAGGACGGGGAGGUGGCGGGCACCCUUGAAGAGAUCAACGUGGGCCUGGCGUCCUUCUGGGGCUCAGUAUUCUGCCCUGCGAACCACCCGGACACCGCGCGCAAGAUGGCGAUGCGGGAGAAAUAUGUCUCGAAGUUCGCCCUGCCCCAGGCGCCGUGGGACAUGUGGGGGCCCCCGCAGACACAGGACUUGCGGCGAGUCCUUCGCGUUGCCAAGGUUGCGAUGCCCGGGCCUGACGGUCUGCCAGCUUGCGCCUGGCUUCAAAACGAAAUUGGCCCCAGUAUUUUCAAGGCCUCCCUGAACUGGAUGGCGUCGGGGCUGCCCAUGAGAUCCGAUUUCAACGACUCCAUCGGCGUGUACCCCCCGAAGGGUGAGCUCCCGACGGACGGCGAGGGCGUAGUGCGGGAAGCAGGCAAGACACGCCCCCUGGCUCUUCGCAGUACCGGGGCGAAGGCGAUCUCGGCGGCGAUCAACACGAAAUUGAAGCGAG